AAAAGACGACAUGAUUUUGAAAUGGGAGACUAUAAUCCUCGUAUAAUUGUUCAGAAAACAAAACUUUGGCAGAGAUCGUAUGAUUUUGCAAAUUGUGUCAGACAUGCGAGGCUUGGUGGGGAGACUGGAAUCAGCCUGAGUCCGCAGACUUUCAGCGGCUUCUUCGUUAGAUUCAAAAUGGAGGACGAUUCUCCGGUUAUUUAUGGCUUAGAGUUAAAUGCUCGAGCUCUGGUCCCUCAACAUGCAGAGACAGAUGUGAUCAGAUUUAUUGUUGGUACUCAGUCACUUAAAUUUGAAAACCAGGUCCAUCUGAUAGACUUUGAUGAUGAAAGCAAUGUUAUAAAUAAAAAUGUGUUUAUGCAUUCUGCUGGAGAAAUAUGGUCCAUGAACACAAGUCCAACUGACAAAACUAUAUUGGCAACAUGUUACAACAAUGUGUCUGAGUCGAAGGCUGAGAUACAAGGAGCUCUGUGGAGAAUUCCACCGGUGGAUGACACUGAGCCCCCUUUAGACUCUCCUGGAAUUUCCCCUGGAAGUGGACAUUCCCGAUCAUUACAGCUUAUCUGUUACUUUGAUAACAAGCACGAGAAUGUAAGAAGUGUGUUAUGGAAUCCAUCUGGUGAUGGAAGUCAAGUUGUGUCUGUUUGCGAACAGCAUCUUGAGUUGUGGGAUCUUGACAGAAGUGCUUCAACUGCAGAGUCCAUCGACUCAGCUCGUCUAGAGGGUAAAGGUCAACCCAAGUUCACCACAGGUCGGUGGAACCCUCAUCACAGCGGUUCCCAGAUUGCAACAGCAAAUGAUGCGACCAUCAGAGGGUGGGAUGUCAGGACAAUGAGGCCUGUCUACACAAUAGAGAACGCUCAUAGCCAACUGGUUCGUGACCUAGACUUUAAUCCGAACAAGCAGUAUGUGCUGGUCAGCUGUGGGGAUGACUGUAAAAUGAGGUUCUGGGACACAAGGAACACCACAGAUCCCCUGAUGGUGCUGCAAGAUCACUCACACUGGUAAACAUUUCUCACCUUGUCUGCUUAUAUGCAACUCCAUUUUCGACGUGCUCUUCCAUCUAUCCACUGUUAAAACGUUGUUUGCAAGUAGCACAAAGAGGAGAGAUCCUAAUCGCAAAAAAUACACAGAUUGCCACACUGAUCUUGUGGGGUUUUUGAACUACAUAUUGACGAGUGAGGUUUGGGUUUGACUCUUUUUAGAG